AUGUCUCAGGAAUAUGCUUCCUACCGGCCAAGAACGCCCCCGCGGACGCAAUGGGACGAGCUUGUCCGGACGGCCCAUGCCCGCAAUACUUCCGAGUCUUCGAUUUAUUCGAACGACUCAUCACCCUGGUCUGCGGCGACCUCAGUGACAAGCCCUGUAGUGGAGUCGCCUCCCUGCCAUCAUCAUGGCCAGGCACUUCUUCCCAAGAUCAGGUCGCAGGACGUGGUCAUUGAGCCGCCGCCGGUGGGUGGCCCACAGCGUCAUCGGCGCGUCCUGUCAAACACCCGCAAUCCUCCUGGGUUUCUACCUUACCCUCCCAGUCGGCCCUCCAUGCAGCGCACAGUCGCAGAGACUACAGAGAGAUUUGCGCUGGCAUCUCCAAUCUCGCCUAUGUACCGUGCGGACAACAGAUCAACGCUGUCGUCCCCGGUGGACCUAACGCACAAGCGCAAGACCUCGGGAGGACAUGCCCGGUCUGGUUCUUGCUCCAACAUCGACGAGGCUGCCUUGGGUCGAUACGGCUGUUCUCCGUACCGCCCGCUGUCGAAAUACUCUUCUCAGCCACAGGGCUCACCUACCGCACCUGUCACUCCCGUCACACCAAACAUCAUCGUAUACCCACCCCAUGUGCAGUCUCCUGGGGGUCCAAGGGCUCAACCGGGAGUGCAAUUGCCACUUGUGCUGCCUGGGUCCCCUCACAGUGCUACGCAUGUUCCGAGUGCUCAAUGCUCCCCCGUCACGCUGGGCCCCCACGUUGAAAGCAUGAGCCCUCAAUCCACCACACUGCUCUCGUACUUGACAGCGCCCACGCAGGCGAUCAAUUUAGUCCGUAAUGUAAGCGUGGUCCCCAACCGGGGGUUGCACGACUACUUCUGGUGGGACAUCCGCAACCUACGCAGCUGGACCUCGUUUUCGACCGCCACUUUCAACUCCAUCAACGGUCUCACCAAGCUCCUGAAGACCGCCAUCUCAUCCCACCUGACCCCUACCGCCAUGGUGCCACCUUCGCGCCUGGCUCCCGAGUCGGAGGCCGCCCUGAUCAACCUCAUCUCAGACAUCUACGCACCGCGCGUGAACGCCGCCAUCGCCGUGUCCCAGGGCGAGAAGCACUUGACCCUGUAUGCGGCGCCGGCCCCGCGGCUGUCCGCGAACAAGAACCACGGCGGAGCGCACUUCCUGGCAAACUACUCGUCCGACACCGAGCGCACCAGCACGGGGCUCCCACGCGGCCGACUCGUCGGCAUCGUCAAGAGCUUCGAUCGCUGGAACACGGGGAUGCGCAAUGAAGCACCUCACCGACGCGUGGAAUAUCUCAAGGGCCUGGCGCAUCUGCAACGAUGCAUGCGCGAACACUCCUGCCGGUACGGGUUCAUCAUCACGGAAAUCGAGCUGGUCUGCGUGCGAGCCGGGUGCGACGAGGGUGAUGAUGUGCCCUAUUUUGGUUUCCUGGAGGUAUCUGCGCCGAUUCCCACCAACGUCUCCGCCCGUCCGUUUGAAAACAACACCCAUCUGCCCCAAAGCCACAAUCCCCUCCAGUCGCCCGCAUCCCCGGACGGCUCGCUGGCUAGUCCGUCCUCCGUGUCGGACGCGUACCCUGUUGCGAGCGCAGAUUCGCUGAACGUACCUAUGACGGCCAGCCUAGGGCUGUAUUUCCUGCUGAUGCUCUCGAAGGCGGUCCCACUGCCGUCGCAGCCGUCGUCGCAUCUGAACGUCGGCGGGCCGGGUGCGCUGACCCGGCAGCGUGUCCUGCCCGAGGGGAAGGACAAAUGGAUCCCGGAGCCGCAGAUUGGGGAGCGGCGCGAUGCGAAACGGGUGCGUGGGUGGGUAUGGCCGCAGGAUGCAUGGCAUCGACGGGAGGGCGGCGGAGCAUCUCGUGGGCGUGGCGCGGUGGAGGGUCGGAUGAAGAAAUGGCAUAAAUAG